AUGUCUAUGACUGCCUUGUUUCAUUGUAAUCGAGAUUUUGGUGGGAAUUUCAGAGGAAAUGCAUCGAAUUUCGAUGCAAUGCAUUGUAUUGUCUGUCUAUUACAUUGUUGAUUGAGAAGAUGAGCCUUUUUCAUCCGUUUAUGCGCAAUAUUGCAGUUCUUUUGCUUCGACCUUUAUGGAUCAUGACUACCUCUACUGUGAUUUUUAAAGUUCUGUCGUUGUAUCCUGUUAAAAUGUAUGCCGUGAAAGCAGCGACUGAAUUGCUUCCGUUGAAAUUUUGAAUUCGUGAAGGUAAACUUUGCGUUUGAAAAUCAGUUGAGCUUAUACAUAAACAUGUGCGCGCAUUUUGCGACGGCGAAAGGGAAAGAAAGUUUUUUAUUCCAAGUUUUUUUUUAAUCGGAGAAUAUUCUUUGAUCAUUUUCAUUGUAUAUCGAAACUGACGAAAAUAAACUAUAAAUUAUUUCGAAUUCUCUGAAAACCUGGACUAGAUUUUAAUUGUGAAUGUCAAACUUCAACUUGAGGAUCUUAAAUAAGUCUCGCAUCUCACUGGUUGACAUUUUCCCUUUGGAUUAGUCAAGACCGUCUGGUGAGAUAAAAUGGUAACACCCUUAAACUGAUUAUAAGUUCGCUGCUGUCAUUUUUUUGCACGUCUCUGGUUGCGUGUGGCUCUUUAGACUCUAUUGACUCUAUGGUAGAUAGACUCUAAGGUGAGCAAAGCCCAUCACAAAGUCCAUAUAAAACAUGCAUCCUGCAUACUUCUAGGAUCGGCAGGAUGAAAACGUAUUUCUAUUUUCUUUACCAAGCUUAAAACUUACCACCUUUCUAUUUACAAAAUGUGAUGCUAGCUAUUUUGCUGAUCCUAGCAAUAUGCAGGAUGCAUGUCUUAUACAAAUGUGAUAAUGGGCCUUGCUCACCAUCGAGUCUCUGUGGCUCAGUGGUAGAGCUUCGAAGUGUGGAAUCUGAAGGUCUGAGGUUUGGUUCCUAAUGGGGACUCAGAAUUUUUUCUUUAUCUUAUGCUUAUGACAAGACAAAAGACAUCUUUCUCUAUUUUCUUUACUGAACUUUUAACUUUUUUUGUAUUAUUUAAUGUCACUAUAUUUUGUUCUGUAGCUAUCUGAUUUUGGCUGUAAGUGCCUGGCAGCUGGGCAUUGUCCCAAAUAGACCAAUGCUCCUUGCAGAAAUAUUCCUGCAGAAAACCUCGUGUAAACUCAAUGGAAGUGUCCCAUGUUUGUUUAGAAAUAGUCAAGUAAUUCCAAUUGCCUCACUCUAGGACAUCUUCCCAGCUUGUGCAUGGCUUGGUCAGAAUUGUUUCCUUAGUGUGAUACACCAAGUGACUUGACAGUGUGCAAAAGCUUGGAAAAUUUGUCGGUUGAAACAACAAAAUAAUUUUUGAAAUUGCCUGAUAUAUCUAAUAAAACAUCCAAUACUCUCUAGAAGUUUGAUAGAACCUUUAGUGAAAUUUUCCACUGCUGGGCAUUAAGUCCAGUUAAAACAGUGCCUGAGUGUUGGGUGAUUAGACAAUGCAUUAAACAUAUGAACAUUUUAAAUUUUCAAGAUCUCAAUGUUUUGGCAGAAACUUUAUUUCAUACAAAAACAACCCCUUUCUAGCAGCUAGCUUGGACUCAUUAAAAAAAAAAACAUGAUAAAAGGAAAAAAAGAGUUGAUUUAGCUAAUCAAACUUGCAGAGGACUGUAGUUGUACCUUUUCCUAACCUUUGUAAAUUUUUCUUCUGUACAUUUCCAAGGUUUUUUUCUGUACAUUGAGAUGCUGACAAGGAAAAUUUGUUUAAGCAUCAAGAGCUUAAUUGGUUGGUGAUCAUUGCCUUUAUUCUCAUGACCAUAAUGUGUGAAUCAGGGUGAUUUGUAAAGAGAAAUUAGAUGAUAGUCAUUCCUAGGGUUUUCUGUAUAUUUCCUAAGAUGCUGAUAAGGAGAAUUUGUUUAAGCAUCAAGAGCUUCAAUGGUUGGUGAUCAUAGCCUUUAAUCUCAUGACCUCAAUGUGUGAUUCAGGAUGAUGUUGUUAGGAGAAAUUAGAUCCCAGUCACUCUCCACCCAAGCUAACUCUGUUUUGUUUUCAUACCUUUGCACUUUAUUUACUGUUCUGAUUAACCCAUUAACUCUUAGAUCAAAUUUGUAAUUCUCUUUACUGACAACUAUACAAUUCUUUUAAUGUAAGUUCAGAGAAUUUAGUAUUGGAUCAAUUAAUUAUCUCCAAAUUUAUAUUUUUCUGUAUUCUUAUUACUUAUCUGGUUGACAUUGUAUUGAUAUUUUAAGGAGAAAUUCUGUUUUGGUCACUUAUGAGAGUUAAAGGGUUAAGUCAUGUACAAUAAAACUAACUUUUGCUUUCAACUUUCUUUAACUUCUUUUCAAAGUGAUUUCAUGGUCAAGAAAGAGUUGCAGCCAUGUCAAGUGAAGAGGAAGCUACUGCAGCCAAUGUGCUGUCGCAGAUGUCACAGAUUCAGCAGAUAAGUUGUGAAACAAUUGAAGCCACAGUUAUUAAUGUUGGGCAUCACUGUGAUGUGGAGACAACAGCCUCACAAGGUAAACGUGCAAACAUAAGUUAUCCCUUUCACUUCUAGCAUCCUGUUAGUUAUUCGCCUUACUGCCUGCCAUAAAUUCUUAUGAUGUUAGUUCAGAGAGUUUGAUAUUGGAUCAUCUAAUUACCUCCUAGUUGAUAUUUUUCUAUAUUCUCGUCACUUGUCUGCUUGAUAUUGUAUUGGUAUUGCAAGGAGAAAUUCUGUUUUGGUCACUCAUGGGAGUUGAAGGGCUAACAUUCUGCUGAUAUUCUUACUUAUAAUUGGGAAAUGAAAAUACAAACUUGUUGGAUCGACAUCACUGCCAAGUAAUCAUUCAACUGAUAAGGGAAUUGACAUAAAUUUUGAUAUUCUUCUUUUCAUCCAGUUAUGGAGAUUGUUCAAGCUGAAGUUCCAGAUGAGGAGGCUAACGAGGUACUGCGUCGGGUUCAUUCAGCUGUGCAGAAUAUACAGCAGUCAUCUGGCGUCAUGGACACCAAUGAGCAAGUACAUGCUCAGCUGGAUAGUGGAGAGGUGGCUAUUUUAUCUGGGUCAGGAGAUUCCACAGCAGGUUGGUGCAAGUUCUCCCUAAAAGAGAUCGCGUCUGCAAAAAAAGAACUUCUGAAAUUUUAUUGCAUGUGGGCUUUUUUACUUUAAUUUUUCAUGCUGCUGUUGUUUUAGGUUAGACUUAUACUUAAUUUCAUAAAUAUUUGUUUAAGCUAUAUCAAAAGUAAAUAUCCAAAGAAAUGUAGCAUUUUUGAGACCUGUAUGUUUACUUGUGAUUGUCUUUUAAUUGAAAAGAACUUUGUAAACACGCCAACCGUAAAUUAAAUUAAUGUUAAUAGUAUUGUAAUACAUGUAUCGUAAUGUAGUGUAUGCAUAAUUAGUGUAAGUAUAAGUAUCAGUAGUGUAAGUAGCAAGUACAAUGUAAGUGUAAUUAAUACUGUAAGUAGUGUAAGUGAUCGUCUUGUAAAUAAAAUUGUUUAAAAAAUUAAAAAAAAAAAAAAAAAGUUCUCCCUACUGUUCUCUAUACAUUUUACUAUGCUAUUUACAAGGUGAAUUUGUGCCUGGGCCUCAAAUAUACAGCAAAGUUGUCUUUUAAGCUAUUGUAGAAGGAUAAAAGGCCAUGAGAGUUUUCAUAGCACUUUCAAGAAGUCUUUGGGGCUGUUUCCAUAGAAUGAGAUUCAUACUAGUAACAAUUUCAUUCAUAUAAAUUAUUUCAAUUGAUAAAAAUAAUGUAUUCAUACUAACUGUAAUGGCUUUUGAUUUCUUCUAGCUGUUGGAACAAGGAUUGUUUCAAAUGGAGGUAACACUUUAAAAAAAAUUGAUUUUUUUGAAAUUAUGUUAUUUUACACAAUAGAAAGACAGUCAAUGACCAUCAACCAGAAAUUGAUGGGCUCAAUCGUUUCAGAAAUUUUUGCUCUCAAACAGUCAGAUGCAAAACUAGAUUUAUUUAAUCUGCAAUUUGGUCCAUUGAUUGUGUGUUUCCAUGCCAGAGAUAGCUUGCUAUCAUUCAAUUGUGUUGAUAGUGGCCACCAUGGAGAUUUUCUAAAACUGACAUUGUGAGAGUUAGCCUUUCAUCCAUUGCUCUGACCAAGGGUUGAUGCUCGAAACAUCAGCUUCAGAAACUCUCUUUGGGGCAGAUUUACAUCAUCAACUCAGUUCACCACACAAAAUUACCAUUAUCUUGUAAUACCCUGCACAGACACAGCAGCACAGUUUGUUUAGAAACUUACCCCCUUAAUUACUUUGGUUCACUUUGAGUUCUCAUUGGCUUACUAUGUAGCCUGUGUAUGGCCACUCCCUACCCUCCUAAAGAAAAUUGAUUUUCUUUUGGAGGGUAGGGAGCAGCUUUACACAGGCUACUUAUGAUGGUAUUUUUUCUUUGCCAUGGGAUUACCUGUUGCAAAUUACUCUCUUUAUAACCUCUUCCAGACAUUCAGGUAGUAAAAUGAGGCGUGGAGGUAACCAGCACCAUAGCAGUAGAGAAGUGAAAAAAAGUUUGGGUCGGGUCGUGUAAAGAAAGCCAUUCUUUGCACAAUCUGACCCAGGCCUCCCUUGUGUUUUGCUCCGCCUCUACCAUUGGUCUGUUUACUAUUAACCCUUUAACCCCUAAGGGUGAUUAGCAUGUAAUUUCUCUUCACAAUAUCACUCCUGAAUCACACAUUUAGGCCAUGAGAAUAAAGGGAAUGAUCACCAACUGAAGAAGCUCUGGAGAAUAAUUAUUCACACUUAUGUUAGGUUGUAAAGGGUUAAGCAUGGAUUUCGCACUAGUUUAGUCGCUGAAAGCCUAGAACAGUCUACCUUCACUAGUUCUGAUUGGAUCACUACACUCAUUGAAUUGCACUCGAUGAAAAAAUAUGUGGACCAACCUAACGUACCACUUGUUUGAUGUUUGCUUAUCUCAAAUGCAAUGAAAGCCUAGAGCAGUCUACCUUCACUAGUUCUGACUGGAUCACUACAGUCAUUGAAUUGCACUCAAUGAAAUAAUAUGUGGACCAACCUAACGUAGCACUUGUUUGAUGUUUGCUCAUCUCAAACAAAAUGAAAGCCUAGAGCAGUCUACCUUCACUAGUUCUGACUGAAACACUAAACUCAUUGAAUUGCACUCAAUGAAAUAAUAUGUGGACCCACCUAACGUAGCACUUGUUUGAUGUUUGCUCAGCUCAAACAAAAUGCGUUUUUUUUUUGCAGGUAGGGUUUAUCCUUGUGAGUACUGUGGUAAGGAAUUCAACAAGUCAUACAAUUUGAAGACACACAUUCGUGUUCACACUGGGGAAAGACCCUAUACCUGUGAGCAGUGUGGCCACGGCUUUGCUAACCUGGGAGAUCUGAAAAGACAUGCGCGCACACACACAGGGGAGAAACCAUUCAAAGUGAGUUUGUAAUCAUUUCUUCAAAGGAAACUGAGACAUUCAUUUUUUUGUCUUCACUGGCAAAGGCCUUUGUCGUUAGUUUCUAGAAAGAGGGAAUUCCAAGGAAGACCUUUUUAAAUUCUUAUAUUCCCACUGAUUAUCAAAACUUGUCAGCAUGAAAGCAGCAUGGUUUAAUAAGGUCUUCUUUCUUUGACAGUGUACCUUUUGCGGGAAAGUUUUCUCAGACUUUGGAAGUCACAAGCGGCAUCUCCGCCUUCACACAGGCUUUAAACCCUUUCGGUGUGAGGACUGUGGGAGAGAAUUCACUCGGUUGGACAGUUACAAGAACCACAUUCGUUUACACACAGGUAAGCAAUUACAAGUUAAUAAACUCAAUUUUAUACAUCAAGCUCCCUAACCAUGCCCUGUCUAUCUCUUUAGGUGUCCGUCCAUAUAAAUGCGACACUUGUGAGAAGGAAUUCAACUAUCUGACGACUUACAAACGACACUUGAACAUCCACAAAGGAGAAAAACCUUUUGCCUGUGAGCACUGCGAUAAGAAGUUCACUCGGCUCAAUUAUUUAAAAAAUCAUCUCAACACUCAUGCUAAACAUGCGAGUCAGGAAAGCCAGACAGACUUUAAAUAUGACGACAGCUCUUCUCGGCAAAAUAUGGACGUGGAUAAUCAGGAAGACCUGGGUACUAUGGAGGCAGAUUCCGCUGCCCAAAGUAUUCAGAACGAAGGCAAAAGUCUGGUUGAAAAUGAGGCAGGGAAAGCUGAUACUGAAAGAGAACUUCAAACCGAGGCAGCCAAAGAGCAAGAGGUAUUCUAGAGCACACUUUGUGCUAGUAGUGGUGUAGUAAUUAGAAAUUACAUAAGUCUUGCUUUAGAGUGAAGAAUUUACAUUAAAUUUGCGUACAAUUAACAGUUUCAAAAACCGUUCUGCUUUUAUUACGCUAGAGCGAAGUCACAGAUACAACAAAGGCACAAGAAUCCAAAGUCCCGGAUACUUCUCUCUUACAACAAGUUACCCAGGUCCUUGGCGAGAUCGUCCCUCACAACUUGAGUGCAGAAGUGACCGAGGGCGCCGGGGGACCACAGAUUGUUGUUCAAGGCGCAGACCAGGCGGGAAGCGAGUUUAAGAUCACUCUGGCUCAGCAGUUGCUUUUAGCGCAGCAUUUACUGAAUCAGGUACAAACACAGCGACUUGGACGCGGCGGAGCGAGCGGAAGUGAAGGCGAACAAGACGCCGAACAACCUCAGAUUACAACAGGUAAGCUACGCGGCUUCAGAUGUGGUUGGUUUUGUUUUUGUAAAAAUUAUUUAACGGCUGAGCUGAACGUAGAAAACAAGCUAACUGUGGCCAGCGCGAGGAAAACUUGCAACGGUGUUAAGGGCAGGGAAAGGUAUAACUGUUGUCAGUAACAGGAGAAGAUGCUGCGGUGCUGAGCGCGGGAAAAUAUGUAAAAAUUGUCAGGUACGGAAAAACGUGCAGUGGUGCAGAGCGCGUGAAAAACACACCGCGUUGCCAUGCGCGGCUCAUGCGUACUAAAAAGUGUCUAAAAACAUCUACACGGACAAACCUUAAGGCCAAGUCUGUUUUGUAUUAUUGCUAGUCAAAAUAGCUUUCACUCGAGUCUUGCUAGAAAUCUGUGAAUGCUUUGGUUUAGCUUAUUUACGCAAUUUGAUUGGUUCAGAAAUCUUGCGCCACGCUCUCAACCAAUCAGAUUCAAAGCCGACAGCAACUUGAUCUCUGGCGUCUCGCGUUUUCCCGCCUUUCCGAAAGCUGCCUUCAUAUGGCGUCAAGAGGUGUAUUCAUUUUCUCUGUUUGGCUGUUGUGUUUGAUUUGGUUUUGAUUUUGCGCUACAAUCGAAAUGCACUGUAAAGUGUUUGGAUAGAGCAAAUUUAGAUUAAAAGAUUUAUCAAAGAGACUUGAUCAUAAACUUUACUUUAAGUCUUCCUUUCACUGUAGUCACUAUUCCAGAAAUCAGCGCUGAACUUGCAGAACAGAUCGUCAACCAGGCCGCAGUUCAACAGGCAACUGACUUGAUGCAGAAUCCCUCCGGUUUAAUACAUGUCCCCAGCGAUGCUAACACUUCCCAGGGAACUGGGCAAACCGAAAUGGUUGUAGGAACUGAAGUUAUGAUCCAAGAACAGGCUGAAGGACAACAUAACGAGGUAGUGCGUCAUGUCACGCUAUAAAUAUAGUUUAAAGUCACGCUGUAAAUAAAGUUUAAAGUCACGCUAUAAAUAUAGUUUAAAGUCACGCUGUAAAUAAAGUUUAAAGUCACGCUGUAAAUAAAGUUUAAAGUCACGUUGUAAAUAUAGUUUAAAGUCACGCUAUAAAUAUAGUUUAAAGUCACGCUAUAAAUAUAGUUUAAAGUCACGCUGUAAAUAUAGUUUAAAGUCACGUUGUAAAUAAAGUUUAAAGUCACGCUAUAAAUAUGGUUUAAAGUCACGCUAUAAACGAUAAAUUCUCGCUUUAUUUCGUGUUUUAACUCACGAGGUAGGCCUGCUAAAAGUCGAUGAUGCUACAGCAAGUCACUCCAAAUUCACAGUUUAACGGUUGUUUCCGAUCUAAGACAAAAAAAAGAAGAAACCAAUGGUCACCUCACUGAGUAGCUAAGCAAUUUUUUCCUUGGGCGCACGCGAAUUACGCGUGCAAAUUAUACGGUGCGAGGUGCGUAGGGUAAGCAAGAUUCACUGUAAACAUUUUCGAGAAAAUAUCGUCUACCUCCACGGCGAACUCCGCAGUUUGUUAAUGGCGCGCGCGAAUCACGCGUGGAAAUUAUGUAGAGUGCGGAUGCGUGGGUUAAUACAACGAAAUGUAGAAUGACCUUACUUUCUUUACAUUAUCAGAUGGUCACGGAGCAUGUGUUGCAAGAGAGUACCGCUGUCCCAGUGACAUCAGAGGAUGGUGUACCUCUAGUCGACAGUAACGCCGUCUACGUAGCUAUCGAUCCCAACCAACCAGAUGUUCAACAACUGCUGGGACAAAUUCAGGCCAUAACUGCUUCACAAGCACAACAAGGUGAAGGAGAAGAACCACGGCAAGAGAGUGAAUGAUUUGCUUUUAAUGUUAUCACCCACCGCUGCAGUUGAGCACUGGGUCGAGUCAUGCCAAGCUUGGUGCCCAGGGGUACACUUGGUCUUAUGCUGGUGAAGGGACAUUAUGCCUCGUCGACAACAAAUUUCCUCGGCAUUUUCAACGAAAUCGUGUGGACAUCAAGGCUUCGACUUAAACGCAAUGUGGAGAUAAUUUCAUUAGUGAGCUGUGACCAGUUUUUUACUGAGUUGUAUUCGGUUGACGAUGAGUCGAAGUCGGGUCUUCUAACCUCUGACGUCCUUAGCUAGGUAGAGAAAUUUUCAGUGGAGGGUUGUAGCGCUGUUCCAAGGUCAGCGGUCGAUAACAGAAAAUCUGACGUCUAGCCAGUUGACUAAAUCUUUUUGUUAUUUGGCAUUGUGAAUACGAAUUCGACAUUUGCGAGUGAACCGCCGAAGGUAGGCCGACGUUUUGUUGAAGGCUAUCGUUAUUUCCGGUAUGAAUUGUCUUGUUUUGAGUUUCUUACCAAAAAUGUAGGUAGGUGUUUAAUUUCUGAAUUCAAAAUUUAAUAGUUUAACUCUCUGGUGAGUAGAAACAGGCAUAAG